AUGAUGAUGAACAACACUGAAUUGUUGUCGGAUGUCAAAGUGCGUAUGCGUCGAGAUAAUGAGGCGAGAAGACGAGCGAGGCUGCUUGACGACAAACAGAGGAGCAUCGGAAUCGACAAAGAAUUUCUUGACAAGCAAGUUGCGGAGAAGAUUGCAAGGAAACAGGCAGAAAAGGAAGAACAAAAGGCCUAUGAUGCCGCUAUGAUGGAAAAUAUAUAUCAGGCUCCCCUGCUCCAUAAUCGACAAGUAAAGGUUACACGUGGCUCGGAAAAGGCCACUGUGGACUUCUACCCUCAUCACCAGCAGCCCAGGGGCUUUCCCACGGAUCAAGGGCACCUGACUAUGUUGCCUGGUCUGCAUGGGGAGGAUCCGGACAGAGGGAGCCGAGUGCAGAGACAGAAGGAGCAGCUCCGAAGGUGGCUCAUCCAGCAGCGGGAUGAACAGGCUGCAGAAAAACACAGAAAGAAGAUGGAGAAACUGCAAGAUGACCGACAACGAGUCCACAUGGACAAUGAGGCUGUGCAACUCCACAACAAAGACCUGGAGAGGAGAAAAGCAGCAGCAGUGGUAACCAAAGAAUGGAACGUCAACACAAUGACAAAGACAGAAGAAAAACGUCGCCAGGUGCGUAAUGAGGAACUUAUCCAGCAGCAAGGUCAACAUGCAGGCUCUAUGGGAGCCCCUGGCCUUUGUCCCAGCAGCGACAGGAAGCCACCUCCUGAGAGUUUAAUGCAAAUCACUGUAUUCCACAAGAAUCAAAUUGAGGAGAAAUUGUUAGCAGAAUUGAAGAAGAGGGGAGAGGAGAGGCAAAACGACGGCAUCCGUCUGGAUUCGGCACGGAUGGCCGUGCUCUUGGAGAGGCAGCAGGCCCGAAACAGGAAGCAGUUUCGACGCCGUGUGGACACCGUCAACAAACAGCUGGCAGCAGCACACCAGAACAGGAAAGAGGACUUAAGGCAUGGACACAUUGAUGAGAGCUUCUUCUCCCAGUUUAACACCAGCUGCCGUUGA